AUGGGUAAACCAAAAACCACUGUACUAAAUGCAAAUCAUCCAAACAGUAGAAAGACAAAGCAAUUGAUUAAAUCUAAACACAAGAUUGCAUUUCGGGACAAAAAGAAGUAUGUUAAUUUAGCAAAACCAAGUUCAUUAUGUGAAAAAUUAAUUUGGUUCAGAGAUAAUAUUGAUAACACAAUUGAGCAAUAUACUCAGGAUACUCUCUCAUCUUUAAUUGAAAAGUAUCUUAAUCGUUUUGAACAUGAAGCUAGUAUAAUCAAAGCAAGACAUAAAGAUAAGGGCAAUCGACGAUUUGCUAGUCGGGAAGAUGUCAUUAGACACACAAUUGAACGAGAAAGAGAAGAGUAUAAUACUGCUGGAAUCGAAGUGCCAAAUAUACUUGAAGCCAGUCAAUUACUGUAUUUGCGCACAUGGGAUGGUGACAUAAAGUAUUUACCAAAUUUCAAAAUAAUUCGCUUUCGUUGUUUAAAUAUAAUUUAA